AUGGCUUCUUCCACCAAGAAAAUCUACAUGUUUUUCGCUGUGUCCAGUUGGUCGCAGAUCGCUGAUGCGCAUUGUCAGGUGUUCUGGCCCCAGACAGGCAGGAGUCAAGUUUUGCAGCGCCGCUCGUCAUGUCCGCGUGGAAGACGAUCCCUUUUUCAAGAAGUUCUUCCUUCCACCCCCGACAAACACGGCGUUGGGAGUCCCAGCUUGGACAUUCCAACUUGCACGCGUAGAUUCGAGCUUGGUAAUCCGCGCCGUAUGCAUCAGCUUGCACAGCGUUUCAAGCAUGCAAAUUUCGCAGAGAUUACAGAAUCAGAGAUCGGUUCUGGGCAACGAAGAGAGCUGAGUAUCGCCAGAGACACAGAGGACCCUCACGAUCCAAUGCUCGAGACAAGAACACGGCGGUCGGUUUGCGAGCACUGCCACUGCAACUUACAACUUGCAGUGCAAGUGGCGUGCUGGACUCUCAGCGUGGCAGGCAAGGCAAGCCGCACGGUCAACGGAAGAGGACUGGAGGAGCACAUUUGGUUCCAUCCUUGCCCCAUCCUCCUCCAGUUUAAAAGAGCCAGCUUUGCUGCACACUUGCAGUUUUAUUGGUCAAAAUUCAGAUUACGUAUCUGGUGGAUAUUGGUCUUGCCACAAUUGAUAUUCAUCAAUCAUAACAGAUAAAUCAGAAAUCAAACUUCAACAAAACAGCAAAAGUAUCAGCAUAACAAACUCUCUCUUGUCUCU